GAGUGGGAGAGUGGACUUUGGAGUGAGGUGGAGUCACGCCUACUCCGCCCCGCGUCCUCCUCGCAUCAAUCACAUCGCAUCAUUGCUGCUGCUGCUUCCACCACCUCUCACUCCCCACUCCACAGUUCCACUCUCUCCCCAGAUGGUUUCCCUCUGACUUCUUGCAAUUCUUGGCUACACCACAGCAGAGAGGAGCGGAAUCCAUGGGGAAAUGCUGGCUCCGGCCGCCGCUGCUCCUUUUCUUGGCGCUGUCCGCGCUUCUUUUGCCCAAGGGGGCGGCGGCGGAGGCGGCGUGCCACCCAGACGACCUCCACGCGCUCAGGGCUUUCGCGGGGAACCUGACCGCCGGCGGGGACGCCCUCCUCCGAGCCGCGUGGUCCGGCGGCUCGUGCUGCGGCUGGGAGGGCGUGCGCUGCGACGGCGGCCGCGUGACGGCGCUUCGGCUCCCCGGGCGGGGGCUCGGGGGCCCCAUCCCGGGCGACUCCCUCGCCGGCCUCGCGCGUCUCGAGGUGCUCGACCUCAGCCGCAACGCGCUCUCGGGGGGCGUCUCCCCCGUCGCCGCCAUCCCCGGGCUGCGCGCCGCGGACCUAUCCUCAAACCUGCUCGUCGGCCCGCUACCCGACCUGGCCGCGCUCCGGGGCCUGGUCGCCUUCAACGCCAGCAACAACUCCCUCUCAGGCGCGCUCGGGCCCGACCUCUGCGCCGGCGCGCCGGCGCUGCAGGUGCUCGACCUCUCCUGCAACCGCCUCGCCGGCGCGCUCCCCUCGCCCUCCACCCCGCCGCCCUGCGCCGCCACGCUCCACGAGCUCCUCCUCGGCGGCAACUCCUUCACGGGCGCGCUCCCCGCGGCGCUCUUCGGCCUCGCCGGGCUGCGGAGGCUCUCGCUCGCCUCCAACUUGCUCGCCGGCCAGGUCAGCGCGCGCCUCCGCGACCUCAAGAACCUCACCCUGCUGGACCUGUCCGUCAACCGCUUCUCCGGCCGCCUCCCGGACGUGUUCGGCGACCUCGCCUCGCUCCAGCAUCUCUCCGCGCACUCCAACGGCUUCUCCGGCUCGCUGCCGCCCUCGCUGUCCUCGCUCUCAUCUCUCCGCGACCUCAACCUCCGGAACAACUCCCUGUCCGGUCCGAUCGCUCACGUCAACUUCUCUGGUAUGCCACUGCUCGCUUCUGUUGACCUUGCAACAAACCACCUCAACGGAUCGCUCCCGGUUAGCCUGGCAGACUGCAGCGACCUCAAGUCCCUCAGCAUUGCCAAGAACAGACUGACCGGGAAGCUGCCCGAGGAUUACAGCCGCCUCCGCUCGCUCUCCAUGCUCUCCCUGUCCAACAACAGCUUGCACAACAUCUCAGGGGCGCUCACCGUGCUGGGCCGCUGUGAAAACCUCACCACGCUCAUUCUCACCAAGAAUUUCGUGGGCGAGGAGCUGCCCACUGACGGCAUUGCUGGGCUCAAGAGCCUGGAGGUGCUAGCCCUUGGUGACUGUGCUCUAAGGGGAAGGGUUCCACAAUGGCUGUCUCAGUGCAAGAAAUUACAGGUGCUUGAUUUGUCCUGGAACCAGUUGGUCGGCACCAUCCCGUCGUGGAUCGGUGAGCUUGACCACUUGAGCUAUUUGGACCUCUCCAACAAUUCCUUGGUUGGCGAGGUGCCGAGGAGUUUGACGCAGCUCAAGAGCCUUGUCACGGCCAGGCAUUCGCCGGGUAUGGUGUUCACUAACAUGCCACUGUACGUGAAGCAUAACAGAAGCACAAGCGGCCGGCAAUAUAACCAGCUCUCCAAUUUCCCGCCUUCAUUGUUCUUGAACAACAAUGGUCUGAAUGGGACUAUCUGGCCCGAGUUUGGCAACUUAAAGGGGCUACAUGUCCUGGAUCUGAGCAAUAAUGUUAUGUCUGGAAGCAUUCCUGAUGCACUCUCCAGGAUGCAGAAUUUGGAGGUUCUUGAUCUCUCCUCCAAUAAUCUCAGUGGCUCGAUUCCAUCAUCUCUCACAGAUCUCACCUUCUUGUCUAAGUUCAGUGUGGCUAACAAUCACUUGGUUGGGCCGAUCCCCAAUGGAGGGCAGUUCUUCACCUUCACAAACGCUAGUUUUGAGGGCAACCCUGGUUUGUGCAGGUCAACUUCUUGCAGCCUGAAUCAGUCUGGGGAAGAAACUAAUGUUAACAACGUCAUGCCGUCUGCAGCAAGCAUCAGGAACAGGAAAAACAAAAUACUUGGAGUGGCAGUCUGCAUGGGGUUGGCACUUGCAGUACUUUUGUGUGUUAUUUUGGUUAACAUUUCUAAAAAGGAGGCAAGAGCUAUCAUCAGAGAUGAAGACGUUGAAGGCGCUUGUCACGACACGUAUUAUUCCUACUCAAAGCCGGUGCUGUUCUUCCAGAAUUCUGCCAAGGAGCUAAGUGUCAGUGACCUUAUUAGGUCGACCAACAACUUUGAUCAAGCCAACAUAAUAGGUUGUGGUGGAUUUGGUCUCGUGUACAAGGCCUACCUCCCAGAUGGAACGAAGGCGGCAGUGAAGCGGCUCUCUGGUGACUGUGGGCAGAUGGAGAGGGAGUUCCGUGCCGAGGUGGAAGCGCUGUCCCAGGCUCAGCACAAGAAUCUUGUUUCGCUGAGAGGGUACUGCCGCCAUGGAAAUGAUAGGUUGCUGAUCUACCCAUACAUGGAGAACAGUAGCCUGGACUACUGGCUGCACGAGAGGGCGGAUGGCGGUUACAUGCUGAAAUGGGAGUCAAGGCUCAAAAUUGCUCAGGGUUCAGCCAGGGGGUUGGCUUACUUGCACAAGGACUGCGAGCCGAACAUCAUCCACCGAGACGUGAAGUCGAGCAACAUUCUUCUGAACGAAGACUUCGAAGCGCACCUGGCUGAUUUCGGGCUGGCAAGGCUGAUACAGCCCUAUGACACUCAUGUGACUACUGACCUAGUUGGCACCUUGGGUUACAUACCACCUGAGUACAGCCAGGCAUUGAUCGCCACCCCGAAAGGGGACGUCUACAGCUUCGGUGUCGUCCUGCUGGAGCUUCUCACCGGUAGACGGCCUGUGGAGGUGUCGAAGAUCAAGGGAUCCAGGGACUUGGUCUCCUGGGCUCUACAGAUGAAAUCUGAGAACAAGGAAGAGGAGAUCUUCGACAGGCUGAUCUGGAGCAAAGACCAUGAGAAACAGCUGCUGUCGGUUCUCGACACGGCGUGCAGGUGCAUCGGCAGUGAUCCUCGGCAGCGGCCAUCGAUAGAGCAAGUCGUCGUAUGGCUGGACAGCGUAUCACCAUAAUAAUACCCUGUGCUAAUUUUCCAGUUCUUUUUGGGUCAAUAUCUAGCUCUUGACAUGGGGUGGUAAACGGUAGCAGUAGAGAAACUAUCUGAGAGCUAUCAAUCUAGAAGAUGCAUCUUAGCUGAUGUAAAUAACCGUGGUUGGUUUCCUUUCAUUAUAAUACAUGGUGACCCGGCAUAACUGCAA